GACCCAUUUGGUUGGACUUUGAUCCGCUAUUGUUGAGUUUUCCUACUUCUGGAGUCCCUACUCAUCCUCACUCUCCCAUUCUCUCUCUAGCCAUAGCUACACCUAAAGCAGUCUAAGUUGGGAGCCUGUUGCUUCUGAGCCUUCAGUAGUUUUUACCGGCGAGAUUUGGCCGGAGAAUGGCAUAUAUGUGCACAGAUAGUGGCAAUCUAAUGGCUAUAGCUCAACAAGUCAUCAAGCAGAAAGAGCAGCAAGAGCAAGAGCAACAACAAAGCAAUCACCACCAGCAACAGCAACUUCUGGGUCUCAACCCCUUUUCUCUAAACCCUUGGUCCAAUUCAACUCAUCAAUCAAUGUCUGGUGCUCCCAAUUUGGGAUAUGCGGUGAUGGGUCCGGGUUUCACAGACCCAUUUCAGGUGCCUGGUGGUGGAGAUGCCGGAGAAGCGGGGUUUCAGUUCCCGAACAUGGAGCAACAUAUGGCUGGGUUUAGGUUCUCUGAUUUUGGUGGCGGUGCUGGUGGUGAGUUCGACUCGGACGAGUGGAUGGAUAGCUUAAUGGGCGGUGGAAACUCAACGGAUAGUUCUAAUCUACCGUCUAGUUGCGACGCGUGGCAUAAUAGUGCAGAUUUUAAUCUCCUCGGAUCCGAUCCAUACGUCGCCUGUCCGAGUCGGCUCAGUGUGGGUUGCUCGCGGCCGUCUGAUCUCAACCGUCUCGUUUUCGCCGAAACUCAGAAGAGUAGCCCUAACGCUCUCCAACCUCAGGUCCCAUCAUGGGCCCCAUCUCCGCCACCUCCUCCUCCCCAAGCGAUUAUGAAAGACACGAAGCCAGUGAAUCCCUCACCACCAACCCUACGCAAGAACGACGUCGUCGGCAUAAGUUCUCCGGAAAUCGAGUCAGCGUCGCCGCUCUUAAAAGCCUUACUAGAUUGUGCUCGAAUGGCGGAGUCCGAACCGGAGCUGGCAGUGAAAUCGCUGAUUCGAAUCAGAGAGUCCAUUUCUGAGCAAGGAAAUCCAUUAGAAAGGGUUGUAUUUUACUUCACUGAAGCACUGUACAGAAAAUUAUCAUUGCGAGCAGAGAAAAGCUUGACUGUGUUGGGGACUGCAUGUGAAGACUUUAUUUUGUGUUAUAAAGCCUUGAACGAUGCGUGUCCAUAUUCAAAAUUUGCUCAUUUGACAGCAAACCAAGCAAUUCUUGAAGCUACAGAGAGCGCGACCAAGAUUCACAUUGUUGAUUUUGGGAUCGUUCAAGGUGUUCAAUGGGCUGCCCUGCUACAUGCUCUGGCCACCCGCUCUACAGGUAAGCCUGUCAGGAUUCGGAUAUCUGGUAUACCGGCCCCCGCCCUAGGCAACUCGCCCGCGGCUUCUUUGUUCGCUACUGGAAAUCGGCUUCGCGAUUUCGCUAAGCUUCUUGAUUUGAACUUUGAGUUCGAACCGAUCCUAACGCCUAUUCAGGAGCUAAGUGAGUCGAACUUUCGUGUCGACCCGGACGAAGUAUUGGCUGUUAAUUUUAUGCUUCAAUUGUAUAAUUUGCUGGAUGAGACUCCGACGACUGUAGAAACAGCUCUAAGAAUAGCCAAAUCGUUGAGCCCGGAAAUCGUUACUCUCGGGGAGUACGAAGUGAGCUUGAAUCGGGUUGGAUACCUGGAUCGGUUCAAGAACGCUCUGAGGUACUACUGGGCUGUAUUUGAGUCGUUGGAGCCAAACUUAACCAGAGACUCUUUGGAGAGACUCCAAUUGGAGAAACUGCUACUGGGUCGCCGAAUUUACGGUGUGAUUGGACCAGAGGAACCAGGUACCAGAAGGGAAAGAAUGGAGGAUAAAGAGCAGUGGAAAGUUUUAAUGGAAAGUUGUGGUUUUGAAUCCGUUGCUCUCAGCCAUUACUCUGUCAGCCAAGCUAAGAUUCUUCUAUGGGACUACAAUUACAGUUCUUUGUACACUCUAUUUGAAUCUCAAACGGGGUUUCUUUCUCUAGCUUGGGACGAGGUCCCUCUCCUCACUGUUUCUUCAUGGCGUUAAUGGGUUCAUCCUGCCUCAAUUUGGGGUUUUUUGCUUUCCACCUGAUAAUUUUUCUAUAGUGGCACAAUUUGAAACAGCUUAUACACCAUUGACAGUCUUGUUGGACCUUCUGUGUUAGACAUGAAACUCAGUCUCAUGGUUAGCUAUAGUUGUUGAUUACAUUAGAAAAAAACUCGUCACUUAGUUCUUAAUUCUGCUGCUUGAUCUUUGAUUUUUUUUUCCUUCCAAUUUCGUAGUUUUUCUCUAUUUUCAUUCUGGGGUUUUUAAUACCAAUUGUAAAAAGGGAACUGAAAAUUAUAAAGAUCAGAAAAUUUAAUUUCCCUUGGUGUUCGUAAUUUUGUAUAUAGUUUGGAUCUUAACUUCAUUUCCUAUACCGUGUAGACGUUUUUAUC